AUGGCCGAUUGCGACAGCGGCAGCUUCUCACUCACGAUUGUCGGCUCAGGGGUUUCCACUGGUGUGCCUGUGAUUGGGCACCUUUUCGGCGGCUGCGCAUGUGCUGUGGCGUUGCGGGAUGCAGAGGGGCCAAACAGGCGCAACAACGUUAGCCUUCUCAUUACCGUCCCAUCACCUCCUGACGACGGUAGUGCGGGUCAGUGUGUGAAACACAUUCUUAUUGAUUGUGGAAAGACCUUUCGUGACGCAUACUUUCGCGUGCUUGCAAAGCAUCACGUGCAGGCCGUCGAUGCCCUGCUCCUCACGCACGAUCACGCAGACGCUAUGGGUGGCCUGGAUGACAUGCGUGACCUGCAGCGUAUGCGGACGGAGGGUCACGAUGACUGGUUUAUUGAGCAAUACGUCUCAACCUAUGCCUCUGAAAAGACACUGAAUGUGCUCCGAAAACAAUUCGGGUACAUACUCCGCAACAGCCGCGAGAUCGGACCUGCACCACUUACUGCAGAGGAGCAUGAGUCUCUCAUGCAGCGCGUUGCCGAAGAGCGCAGGCGGGUGGGUCUGACGAACAAAAUUGGGAUGUACCGCUCCGCCGCCCUAGACUUGUUUACGCUGCCGGACAAAGCACCGACGCCGUUUUACCUCCCUGCGCUUGGCGCCGACUUCCCGAUCUAUUCCGUGCCAGUGGAGCACGGUGCAGGUUACAUAGCGCUUGGUUUCGUUUUUGGCCGCGGCGCCGCGCUUCGUAGUGCGGGUGCCACUGAUGCCAGCGUCGCAAACGGCAGCUGUGUCGUAUACCUUUCCGAUGUGAGCGCGGUGCCAGUGCCUGCAAUGACGUUCCUGCAUGACCUUGUCAAGAUAGAUGUGCUUAUUGUUGAUCUACUGUACGGCCCUGGUAAGCGGCACCCAACCCAUUACUGCAUGGACGAUGUGAUGCGCCUUGUCGCGUCUCUUCAACCGACUCGCACGUAUACGAUUGGUAUGUAUUGCGAUGUGGAGCAUGAGCGAGGUAAUGGGCAGCUACGCGAAAGACUGGAGGAGCUGCGGCGCAGCGGCAAAUGUGGCGACGGUGUUCGCUCUGUGGAGCUGGGCUUUGAUGGGCUUCACAUCCGACUGCCGCUGUGA